CUCCCAACCUGAGAAUCAGGUUAUGGACUUCACCGCAGGAGACUUGAGCCAUUUGGAAGCACUGGUAGCGGUUACACCAUCCAUGCUACCGUAUGUCCCUCCUACUCCUCCUUCGGACAAAGCAAAUUCGAAUAAGGCCAUGCGACCUUAUAUUGAUAAGGCAGCCAUCGCCAUGUGGAGCAAAGGUGUUGCCACGCUGAGGCUCUUCAACAUUGCCAGAAUGUCAACCAUGUCACCGCUGAUGUUGGAGUAUUGGGGUACACUACUGAAGAGGUUUGAAGCUUUUAUUCAAUCGUUACCAGAAGUGUGGGUACUCAUUUGUCCUCCCAUACCUGGCUUGAUGGAAGAGGAGUAUGGCCAAGUCGGUGCUAUUGAAGGAGAACUUGGGCAGGAGGAAAUUGGCGAUGCUGGAAUUGGAGAUGAAGCUAAUGAAGUUAUUCCCCUAAGAAAGUCAGUGUUUGGCAAAAGGAAAAGUGUGGCUCAGCCACCCAAAAGUAGAGCACGUAGAGCUUCUGUUUUGCCAGCCAGUAAGCAAAGCAGGGCCAAAGCACCCACGCCCUCCAAGACAAGAACUACCAAGGGUAAGGAGGUGGGUGACGAUAGUGACAGUGAUGAGAGUUCAUGGGGCAAUCCAGAUCCCGAGGUGAUUGAGCGGAUCAAGAGAUUGCGACCCAUUUGUGGUGCUUCUAGUGAGAGCUUUGGUCCUAUUCCCGUCCCUAGUGAUGAGAAAGUUCCAUUCAAGUCUGAAAAGGCCAAAAGGGAAGAAAGAAAAAAAGGGGGAAGGCAUCUCGAACCUUCCCCUUCCUCUUCAAUCUUUACUUUUCUCUUUCCCGAUCCAGCUUCCUCCCCAAACCAGCCGGUAGCCACAAUCGCCAACCAUCACUGGCAAUCAUACACUGCUACGCCCCCCCUUGCACGCCUGCACCCCUACUUCCGGUAAUCAUACCCUUCUAGACGCCUGUGCCCCUACUUCCUGCACUCCUAUGCCCCCUGCACACCCUCUGCACCCCCUUCUUUUGCACCGAGCCAGCCCCCUCUUCUGCAACCCUCUAUACCCCUGUUGCUGCACCGAGCCUACGCCCCUGUACUGCUGCGCCCCUUUGCCCUGUUGCACCUCCUGCACUCUACACCCCCAAUCCUGCGCCUCUACACUCCUGCUUGCUACAACCCUGUUCUUGCCUCACCUACAAAAAAAAAACAACACAUACAAAAAAAAAUCGACAUCAUCAGUGUUGGAGGAAGUUUUUAUUUUAUUAUUUGGCUAUAUAUAUAGAAAAAAAUCAGAUCAAGGGGGGUCUUUUUUUUUUUUUUUUUUUGGUUGAUUUUGGGAGUCUUCGUCUGGGUUUUCGAGAGAGGCAGAGGAAGAGGGUGAAGUCUGAAAAGAAAAAAGGAGAUCUAGUUUUGAAGAGAGUGGUUUUUGUUUUUGAGGUUCUGGAGAAUUCUGGAGAAUAUUUGGAGGAGGGGUUCUUUUUUUGGGUUUUUCUUUUCAGAGUUUUUCUUCUUCUUCUCAUCACGGUGAAAAAAAAAAAGAGAGAAAAGGAAAGAAACAGAAGAGAGAAGUCCGCAAAAGAAGAGGUUUGAGGGAGAAGAAAUUCUGUUUGGGAAGAGCAACAGCGUCAAAAACAGUGAGGUGGAUUGGGAGCUCCAUUUUUUUGGGUCUUCAUUGUCAAUAGGUACAAUUCUGGAAUAGAGGAUUUUUUUUUGGGAAAAUGGAGAAGGAAAUGGUGGAAGCUUGAUCCCGUGGGUGGGAUUCCUUCCAUCAAAUCCAGAUCUGUCUUCUUCUAAAAAAUCCGCCGUGUUUGCUUUGUUUUUACCUUCUCUGUUGAUGUUUUCAUUUUCUUUUAUUUAGAUAUGAUGUUAAGUUUAUGUAUGUUUUUUCCUGGAAACGAAAAAUGAAAAAAGGAAAAAAUCAAGGAUUGUUCUGUUU